AUGGACGCACUCGCAGGAUACAGCUCCGGUUCGGACGAUAGCGGUAUUGCUGAACAGUCAGCUUCUAAGCAGGCUGUCAAGCAAGUCGAUGUUGAAGCUUUGGACUAUGACCCAUCCGAUGCUUUCGGACUAGGUAGCCUCAAGGGCGGGUCCUCUACUUCUACUCAAACACAAUCUCAGGCGCAAGCACAAUCCCCGCCUUCGAAAAGGAAAAAGAAGGCCACCGCACCAGAAGCAGCCGCAGCUAGCACCUCUUUCAUCGCUACCCCAUCCACUUCUACCUCCACCGCGGUAGCACUGGCACCAGAAGUCAUCGACAUCUCCUCUGCAUCCGAAGCCCUGCUCAUGCGACCGGGCGACACCACAAUGCACGUCAACAUCCCGUAUUCCGAUAUGAUCGCUCCUCAACUCGGGCCUGAAAAUCCUUUCGCUUCUAACUCACAACGCACUAUUGGAGCAGCCCAAAACACUCUCACCGGUCACAUCGAAUCCGCAGCAGUGUCUGAUUUCGAUUUUCGUAAUCAACAACGCACUUUUCACGUCUAUGGGUAUGCUCGUGAUCCUUCUCUCGUGGGCAGCCGAGGGUUUGUGGGCGACCAAAAUGCAGCGGCACUACUGGGAGGAGCUUCUGCAGCUGAGAUACGCGCUAACAACGCUGCCUACAGACCUGCUACAAAGGCGUUGAAGAAGAAGAGGAAUGCGCAGAACGCAGGAGAUCCAAGCGUAGUAGAAGGCGAAGGAGCCUAUGUUGGACCUUGGGCAAAGUGGGAUGCGGGUUCCGACAUUGCAACACAACUUUUGGGGGCUGAUGCGAGUGUUGGCCCCAGUCAAGCAGAGAUUGCAGCGGCCAAAGCAAAAGCUGAAGCCCGCGAGCGAGAGAAACAAGUUGCAGCAAAGGAGAGAAAAGCAGCAGAGGAAGCCACCAAAAUCACCGAAACAUCCAUCUUGCACGGCAAAAGUCUCUACGACUAUCAAGGACGCACAUACAUGCACAUCCCUACCGAUGUCGACGUAAACCUUUCCUCUGAACCAGGUGAACAAGAAUGUUAUCUCCCCAAAUCAUGCAUACACACUUUCCGCGGCCACACCAAAGGCAUUUCCUCGCUCAAACUCUUCCCUCGUUCCGGACAUCUCCUGUUAUCUUGUUCGCACGAUACAACCGUCAAACUGUGGGAUGUCUACCACGAAGGCAACUGUCUCCGCACAUUCAUGGGGCAUUCCAAAGCUGUACGCGAUAUCGCCUUCUCCAACGACGGGCGUCGAUUCCUCUCGGCAGGAUACGACAAAGAGAUCAAACUAUGGGACACGGAAACAGGUCAAUGUCUCGACAGCUUCACGUCCAACAAAACCCCCUACUGCCUCACCUGGCACCCGGACGAAGAUAAACAACACAUCUUCCUCGCUGGAACGUCGGAUAAAAAAAUCCUCCAAUACGACAUCAACACUCACACCAUGGUCCAAGAAUACAUCUCCCACCUGGGACCCAUCAACACGAUCACGUUCGUCGAUAACAACCGUCGCUUCGUAACCACUUCGGACGACAAAACGAUGCGUGUUUGGGACUACGACAUUCCCGUGGUGAUCAAAUACAUUGCUGAUCCCACCAUGCAUUCUAUGCCAGCGGUAGGCUUGUCGCCGAGUGGCAAGUGGUUGGUGGGGCAAAGCAUGGAUAAUCAGAUCUUGACCUUUGCCAGCGAUGGCUUCAAACAGAACAGAAACAAGGUGUUUAAAGGGCACAACGUCGCAGGCUUUGCAUGCGGAGUCGCCUUCAGUCCAGAUGGCAGGUUUCUGAGCAGCGGCGACGGGCAAGGGGAUGUGUGCUUUUGGGAUUGGAAAACAACGAGGUUGUUGAAAAGAUUGAGAGCAGCUCAUAGGGAAGCGGUGAUUGCAUGUGCCUGGUUGCCGCAUGAAUCCAGUAAAGUCGUUACUGCCGGUUGGGAUGCCGAGAUCAAGUUGUGGGACUAA